AUGUCCAGUUUGCAAAGAGUAAUACCCCAGGAGGGUACCCGCCAAGCGGGAGAAUCCCUCCGUACUACCGACUCGUCGGUAGUGCGCAGCCCCUCGUAUUCUGGGGGGGGCACAAACUGCACUGAGAUAAGGUCCGGGAAGGACGGAGUUAAAAAAGGAGCAGGGUCCGGGAAGGACGUAAGUAGGAAGAACGGGUCCGCGAAGGACGUAGUAGCAGAAGGGUCCGUUAAGGACAGUGAGGGGAGAUCGUCCAGAACCACUCUGGUGUCGGAUGAUAGCAUGACCACAGCUGGGUCGGCCCACUCGUCAGCCCGCUCUUCGCCGACACGCAGACAGCGAAAAAGAGUCCUGACGAUCAGCAGUGAUGAGUUUGGAAGCAGCUCCGGCUCGGAUGAAACAGCUACUACUGGUAAAUGUGGUGUCAAGCCGCAAUCGAAGAGAGGUCGCGGUCGUCCGACGACCACUGGUCAGUACGGUCUGACUGCGGACGAACAGGCGUAUCUUAAAGCUCAGCGCUCUGAGAUAAAGGAUGCCGGUAGCGUGCGUAGUAUGCGCGAAUUAAGAAGCGCAAAAAUCAUGGAAGGGAGCUCUAAGAAAGAUCCCGAGUGUCGUCUAAAGGAGAGUGCCGCGAUGGCUCUGAAGGUAUGUAGUAAGCCCGGAAACCUGAAGGGCACGUAUCAACGUGUCCUAAAGGAAUUGGCGGUGACAAUAACGGAAGUCACAGAAGAACUGGCGAACCGCCCCGCGACCGAAGAGAUGGAAAAGCUGCGUGCGGUAAACGCCUGUCAGCAGGAAGAGAUUUUACAGCUCCGGCAGGAGCUGCAGAAGGUGCACAAGGAGCUGGCGCGCAUAUCACAGGCAUUGACGUUGUCCAAUCCAGUCGAAACCCCAGCCCCAGCUUCAACCACAGAGGACCAGGAGGAGUUGCGUGUCCAACGCAUUAUGCGUGCCGUCGGCACCAUGCUUGACGCUCGCAUUGCGAGUCUGGAGAUGCGGCUACCCCCGGAGCCUCGCAUCAGGCCACCCUUAGCGGCGGAUAAGCGGAAGAGCUGUGAGAAAUCGCCGAAUUCUCCUCUCCUCGUUGACGCUACGCUGGAGUCGACAACGGCACAAGCAGCACUACCGUCCACGGUGAACAAGAAGACACGAGGCCCUAGACAAAAGGCCACAGUGUUAGCGCCUCCACCCGAACCGCGUGCCUUCCCUCCGGCUCCAGCUGUCGUGACCGAAAGCUGGUCUACGGUCACCCGUAGGCGCGCUAAGCCGAGAGGGGAGACCGUGAGAACGGCCACAGCCGUUCCACCCACUAGGGUGUCGGAGAAAGUCCCGUCUUCAAAGAAGAGGACAAAGAAGCGGCUCCGAGCUCCGCGUUCUCAGGCUGUGGUAUUAAAACUACAGCCUGAAGCGAUAAAUAGCGGUCUCACAUAUCGGUUCAUCCUCGCGGACGCGAGGGCGAAGCUCGACCUAGACUCCCUGGGUAUCCCGCUCCAGAGGAUCCGAUCCUCUCUGACGGGUGCCAAGGUCCUGGUGGUGGACGGAGACGAUCAAGUAGAGAAAGCCAACCUCCUGGCGAGCAAACUGAAAGAGAUUCUGCCCGCUGAGGGCGUCGAGGUCUCCAGGCCAUUGGUGACUGCAGCGAUGCGCAUCAGUGGCCUCGACGACUCGAUAUCGCGUGAAGAAAUCGCUGAUGAGCUCGCCAAAAUUGGGGGGUGUCCACCCGAGAUUAUCAAGAUCGGGGAAAUAAAAACCGAUCCAGGCGGGAUGGGACAAGUCUUAGUUCGUUGUCCGAUCUCAACAGCGGCGAAAAUCGCAGCAGUUCCCAAGCUAAGGAUUGGCUGGAGCGUGCUCCGCGCUCAUUUGCUGGAGGCCAGGAGGCUGCAGUGUUUCCGGUGCCACGAGUUGGGCCACGUGAGCGCUCGUUGCCCGUCGUCGGUCGAUCGCAGCCGGGAAUGCUACCGAUGCGGCCAGGCCGGUCACGUGGCUUCUGGCUGCUCGCUGGCGCCGCGCUGCACUGUUUGUGUCUCCGCCGGCAGACCAGCGGACCACGUUUCCGGGGGCAAGGCCUGUGCCAAGCCCCCGAGACAGAGACAACGUCGGCAGGAUCCCGCGUCGCUUGAGGGCGUGCGUAAUCGGCCCGGUAUGGCCUCGGUGACACCGAUGGAUGCUCAGAUAUGA